AUGAUGCUGUGGUUGAAAAGAAGGAAUAUGCUGAUGGGACGCCGGCAAAUGACCCGUUUGGAAAUGAAGAAUGCGGAGAGGUCAAAUAUCGUGUCAUGUCGUGGUGUAAUGGUUGCUGAGAAUAUUUCCCUGGGGAUUCUGUCUCUGUCGUCAGCCGUGGCGACGCUGGGAAUCGUCCCAGCGGUAAUUCUGCUGCUCGGAUUGUCCGCAAUCUCAUGGUAUACAGGCUACAUCAUGGGCCAGUUUAAACUCCGCUUUCCCCAGAUCCAUUCCAUGGGGGAUGCCGGCGAGCUGCUGAUGGGCCGCUUCGGACGCGAGCUAUUCGGCAUCGGUCAGCUUUUGUUUCUGAUCUUCCUCAUGGCCAGUCACAUCCUCACCUUCUCCGUGGUCUUCAACACCAUUACCAACCACGGAACCUGUACCAUUGUCUUUGGCGUGGUUGGGUUGGUGGUCAGUUUCAUCGGAGCCUUGCCGCGCACGAUGGGGAAAGUGUACUGGAUGUCUAUGGCGUCCUGCAUCAGUAUUGUGACGGCGACCGUGGUGACUAUGAUUGCGAUUGGAGUGCAAGCCCCAGAUCACGUUCACGUGAAUGUGACCACCAAGGUUUCUUUCCAGGAUGCCUUCCUUGCUGUGACCAACAUCAUCUUCGCCUACAUUGCUCACGUCGCCUUCUUCGGGUUCAUCUCGGAAAUGCAUGACCCCAGGGACUUCCCCAAAUCCCUGACGAUGCUGCAGGUGGUGGACACCAGCUUGUACAUCGUGACUGCGAUGGUCAUCUACCGCUAUGCGGGUCCCGACGUAGCCUCGCCCGCUCUGUCAUCCGCUGGGCCUCUGAUGAAGAAGGUGGCCUACGGUCUGGCGAUUCCCACCGUGGUGAUUGCCGGUGUCGUGUUCGGCCAUGUGGCCUGCAAGUAUAUCUAUGUGCGCAUCUUCCGAGGAUCCGCCCAUAUGCAUCAGAACAGUUUCCUGGCUAUUGGGUCAUGGGUGGCCAUCGCGUUGGGCGUCUGGGUUGUCGCCUGGGUGAUUGCAGAGUCGAUUCCAGUGUUCAACGAGCUGCUGAGUUUGAUUAGCUCCUUGUUUGGAAGUUGGUUCAGCUACGGCUUGCCCGCCAUCUUUUGGCUUGUGAUGAACAAGGGCCGGUGGUUCUCAACCCGCUCCAAGAUCUGUUUGACUAUUGUCAACUUCUUCAUCCUGGCGUUCGCUUGUGCUCUGUGCGGCAUGGGUCUUUACGUCUCGGGUAAAUCGAUUCAUGACAGUUCAUCCAAGGCAAGCUGGACUUGCAAGAACAACGCUACCUAG